AUGGUUCUGGAAAGCAAGGAGCAUUCAGGGCAUCCAGUUGGAGAAAGUUCGUCGGUAAACCAAGUAAUUGAAAAAAGAAUCAUCGAACGAAUCUAUGAUCUCGCAAAGAAAAAUGUCACUGGUGUAAAGGAGUGCAACGAUGACCAAGAGUCUCUUCUUCGAAAGAUAACUGAUUUAAAAAAGUCUUCGCCAAGUACAAGAUUCUUCCUGCGAACCCAAGAGGGCGAACCGAACUAUUUUGGUGCCAGCGUGCCCACUAACGACAGCGAUAAUUUUCUUUUUGUUCAUCAAGAAGAGUGGCAACAAAAACUUCUUCUGAAAUAUGGAAGCGAUCUUGUCCUACUUGACGCGACGUACAAAACCACGAAAUAUGCCAUGCCGUUGUUCUUCUUGUGCGUAAACACCAACGUUGGCUACAAAGUAGUUGCUGAGUUUAUGUGUCAACACGAGGACGAAACGUCCAUAUCCGAAGCCUUGGGGGCCUUUCGAAAAUCACAAGCAUUAAACAUCGUCAAUACCAAUAACGGAGUCGAGUCUAUGAACAGGCUAUUCAAGUACGACUACCUACCCAGAUCCAUUGACAAAUCACUCUACGGCAUCGUCGUCAUGAUUGUAUGUUCUUUCCUGCCAGAUUCAUAUCAAACCAACCUAAGUGCUAACUUACGUUUGAGCGGUUCAUACCGAAAGUACAACGCGAUUGUUCAUGACUACCUGCAAAACCGUCCACCAAACUUCGUUAAACAUUGUCUUAAAAAUAAAUUCGCUGCCCAGGAGAUCCAGGAAAAGGACAUUACUUGUUUAAACGAUCAACAAGGGAAGUUUCUGGUCAAAAGUUCAAACAAGAAACUGAGCUACCUGGUUAAAUUCUCAUUUUCGAGCUGCACAUGCGAAUCUUGGAGGCAAUCCACUUUUCCAUGCAAGCAUUUCUUUGCGAUCUUUAAUUUCUUUUCCAAGUGGCAAUUUUCGAGCUUGUCUUUGGCCUAUCGAGAAAGCGUCUUUAUUACACUAGAUACUAACGGUUUUCUAAUCAUUCCACCAACUUCCAUAAAGAAAACAGUAGAUCCACCUGAAACUCCAGACGUAACUCCAGAGGGAUCACCACCGGACUUGCAAGCACUUGGAAGCAAUCAGUCUUUGUCUGCAAACAAUUUCACCUCACCAGUAGAACCCGGCACUCUUGCGACACUCAAGAGGCAGUUUCAAGAUAAGCUCUCUGGACUGAAGAAUAUCUCGUUUUUGGUAGAAGAUGCGAAGAUGCUUCGAGACGCGAUAAACAUUGCUGACAAUCUACAAGUGGCACUUCGCUCAACUUGUCCAAAGGUAGAUGGACUUUUUCUUAGAAGUAGCCCUGAAAAG